AUGGCUGCUAAUCCUCCAGUCUUUCAGAAUAAAGCCCGAGUCAAUCUGGCCAUCAUUGCCGAGCUGGACAGGGAGAAGAAACGCCUCCUCCAGACCAGCCAGUCCAUGAACACCCCAGGAGCUAGCAUUUCACUUUCCAGACCUGUGAAGGAAUUCAGGGACAAUGCAGAACAACAGCAUUUUGCAGCACAACAAAAAGCUGCUUUACAGCACGCGCACUCUCACUCUACAGGCUUCUUCAUCACUCAGGACUCGUCUUUCGGAAACCUCAUCCUCCCCGUCAUCCCGCGACUGGACCCUCCUCAGGCGUGA